AUGGAGGUUGAUUCCGUGCACUCAUGCAUUGAGAAUAAAAUUAAAAAUAAGGCUAUCCAUCUUCCUAGUGACUAUGGUAGAUACACAAAAGAAGCGAGGGUAAGAGGAGUUGAGCCUUAUGAAUUAAAAGAAAUAUCAUAUAAUUUUGUAAAAGAUUAUGCCUUGAUAUCUCUGGUGAAAUAUCCAUCUAUUCGACCAGGAAAGAAGACAAAUGAUCCAACUGUUAACGAAAUUAAAGUAAUAAAGUACACUCCAGAUGGAACUAUUCAAGCAAAGCUAAGCUUUUAUGGAGAGUUUCUUGACCUACCAGGUAGAAUAACGAAUUCCACAGUUGCAAAUCUAUCCGAUUUCCCACAACUUAGAAAGGAACCAAUAAAAAUAAAGUAUACGAAAUGGCAACACUUACAACAAUUAAAAGAGGUGAUUCCUUUAGAUUGUGGCCCAUAUUACGACAACCUCCUCCAUGAAGAAAAGGCUAUCAAAGAAAAUAAGGAAACUAGUGUACCAGAAAAAGGGAAUAGGAAGAAAAAUAAUAAACAAAGUCCCAGUAAAGGAAAGAAAAGAACUCAGCCUCUUCAGCCUGUGUUUACAAAUAAUACUAAAAUAAUUAAUAAGCCUAAGGGUGGUAAAAAAUACUCUUGGUGUCUGUGUGGAAGGAGUAAAAAACAACCAAUAUGCGAUGGGACCCAUAAAAUUGCACAACUUAAAAUAACUCACAAGCCUGUAAGAUUUGAAGUAGAAGAAUCUAAAGAAUACUGGAUUUGCAACUGUAAACAAACAAAGAAUCGCCCAUUUUGUGAUGGAACACACAAGUCCAAAGAAGUUCAAGAUGCCUCCUCUAUAAUUAGACAAUAAAAUAUUUUUUGUAGUACCUACUUUUAAAUAUAUUCAUUCAUAUUGAGGGUAUGGAGCAAAAACCCAAUAAGCCAAAGUUUGGAAAAAAUACUCGAGUUCCAUUUAAUGCCUUUAAUGUUAAAUUUUCUUAUAUUAAGAGAAACUGGAUAUUGACAUUAUCCUUUUUUUGUUCUUAUCAAGAAACUAAAAUAUAAGUUUAAAUGUUUAUUUCUAAAUGUUUCUUUACUUAUUUGAUUUUCAUUCCAUACACUUAAAAUUUUGUUAAUAUUGUCUGUAAAAAUCAGGUGAACUCAUUCUGAGGUAGUGUAAAUAAAUGUUAAUGUUUAACCUUUUCGUUUUAAUCACAAAUGUACAACAAAAAUUAAAGGUAAAAUAUAACCUACAAUUAUACUAAUUCAAAUAAAUUCUAAGUUUUAGGACUUUCCGAGCUUUGUGUCUUUUCAGUUUGUGGUCCUGAUAGUAUUUCAUGAUCUAGUCUUUCUUUAGCUCGUACAAUCUUCGAUUGGAGGUAUAAUGAAGUUUUUUCAUUAGCUUUAAAAAGAGACUGAUACUUUUCUUCUAUUUCUUCUUUUGUAAGAUUUCUAAUAUUUAAAAUUUGUUUAGCUUCUUCUAGAGAUAGACCUAAUUUUUGAUUUGCUAUUCUUUCAGUUCGAGUUUUAGCAUUUCCUAACCUCUGAGCUGCUUGUUGAGAAGCUUCUAUUUCUUGUUUUACUGCUCUCGCAAAAGCUCUACCUAUCACUUGAGAUCCUGCUAUGAUUAGCUGAGCUAUAUACUUUGCCAUUAUUAAUUAUUUGAAUAAUUUUUUGUAUCAUUUAAAAAUUCAUUUAGAACUCUGACAUAACCUCAACGUGACAGUCAAGUCAAUGU